GUGAAAAUCUGUUACAGUGAGGACGAGUGACAGGACAACAUCCUCUUCAUCCUCUUCAUCCUCUUCAUCACCGGCUGAUCAGCCAUGCGAUUGGUCAGCCUGCAGCAUCGUGUGCGGAGGGAGGCGGAACCUGAGUCUGAGCCCGCCCCAGGCCCACCCCCUCCCUCUCACCACUCCCACAACUUCAAUGACAUGAAGAAAAAGUUCUUCAAUGAGCUCGGACACCUUCCCAACCACAGGAUUAAAAUGCCCAUGUGGGCAAUCGGUGCCAUCGUGGUGUUGGUUCUCGCCCUCGUCGCCUGCCUCACUUUCUGUAUAUACAAAAAGUGUUUAGGAGGAAAGAAAAAAGCUAAGAAAGUGAGAGAGAGAAAGGGCGUGCGGCGGGUGAUGAAAAAGGAGAAAGAGGGAGAGGAGGAAAAGGAAGAGGUAAAACAGGAAGAGGAAAAAGAGCACGAAUUCUUUGGAAAACUGGAAUACACACUGGAUUACAACUUCACUGACAAUCAGCUCAUAGUUGGAGUCCUUCAGGCUCAAGACCUUCCUGCGAUGGACAUCGGCGGCACCUCGGACCCCUAUGUUAAAGUCUACAUGCUUCCUGACAAGAAGAAGAAGUUUGAGACCAAAGUUCAGAGGAAGAACCUCUGUCCUGUUUUUAAUGAAACCUUUAUUUUUAAGACCCCCUUUAAUGAUUUGGCCGGACAGACGUUAGUGCUGCAGGUGUUUGAUUUUGAUCGUUUUGGGAAACAUGAUGUGAUUGGAGAGAUUAAAAUUCCCAUGAACAGUGUGGAUCUGGGACAACCGAUCCACGAAUGGAAAGACCUGGUGGGAGGAGAGAAAGAAGAGCAGGAGAAACUGGGUGAUAUCUGUAUUUCUCUGCGGUACGUGCCAACAUCUGGGAAACUCACCGUGUGUGUGAUGGAGGCCAAGAACCUGAAGAAGAUGGAUGUUGGUGGUUUAUCAGACCCAUUUGUGAAGGUGGUUCUUCAACACAACGGUAAACGUCUGAAGAAGAAGAAGACCACGGUUAAACAGAACACACUGAACCCAUACUUUAAUGAGAGCUUCAGCUUCGAGAUUCCCUUCGCUCAGAUUCAGAAGGUGCAGGUUCUGAUCACGGUGUAUGAUUACGAUAAACUGGGCAGUAACGAUGCCAUCGGAAAGUGCUGGAUUGGAUACGGGGCCAGUGGAGUCGGACUGCGGCAGUGGUCAGACAUGCUCGCCAACCCGAGACGCCCCAUCGCCCAGUGGCACACACUGCUGCCCGAGGAGGAAGUGGACGCUGCACUGAAGGCACCAAUCCGCUAAUUUAACACAGACACACACACACACACACACACACACACACACCUGAAGUAAUUUAUGCACUUCAUACCUGUGUCUAGUCAUUAAAUGUUUUAUUUUGUUGUAAUGCUUCAUUCCCCUGUACAGUGAAACUCCCCUUCCACACAGUCUUUUUAGGAUGCAAUUAGAGCACAUUCAUGUGUGUGUGUCAGUGUUGUAUAUAACUGUCAUUUAUUUGUGUUUUUUUCUGUUAAUUUUCUGUUAAUUUAGUUGUUAUUCAGUUUUACACUGAGAUGCUUUCAUUAUCAUUAUUUACAUUAAAACACCCAAACUUCAACUUUAAUAAACUAUGACUAACAUGAAGUAACACAGUAAAUAUAAAUCUAAACACACCUUUGUGUGUGACCUCACUGAGAGAGCGGGUAUAGAGGAUAUGACCUCACUGAGAGAGAGAGUAUAGAGGAUAUGACCUCAGUGAGAGAGAGGGUAGAGAGGAUAUGACCUCGCUGAGAGAGAGAGUAUAGAGGAUAUGACCUCGCUGAGAGAGCGGGUAGAGAGGAUAUGACCUCACUGAGAGAGCGGGUAUAGAGGAUAUGACCUCAGUGAGAGAGAGAGAAUAGAGGAUAUGACCUCAGUGAGAGAGAGAGAGUAUAGAGGAUAUGACCUCAGUGAGAGAGAGGGUAUAGAGGAUAU